GUGCGUAAAAAAGCAGCCAUUAAGUUCCCAGGUGCGCUGUGGUAACACUGAGUGCCUCAGAAUGCCCCUGCUGUCUCCAGCCACGUGGACCCCUCACAACAACAACAACAUGUUAAGUCCUGUCCUCCCUGAUGCACUCAACCCACCCCCACCAACAAAACUCCGCGCGCCGUCCUCGCCGCGUCUCUCUCUGGCCCCGCACCAGCACCUCUCCAUCUCGCCUUACCAUUAGACUACCGAAGGAGGGGCCGCUCGGAUGACGGUCCCGCGGAGGGGAGGGUACGAGAGGCGGGACCAGAGUCUUCCCCGCUUCUCGGCGCUGGCGAGUCCGGGACUAGGGCUGGAGAGAUCGCCGGGGAGCAUCGUCACCACUCCUGCACGGAGCCUCGCCUGGCCGAAUACUGCACAGUGCACACGUCGGGAUUGCAAAACAUUCCUGAGAAAUAUACCUGCUAUUUAUGGCAUGUGGCUGGUAACUUUACUCCUGCUGUAUUCUUUUCAAGAAGUGCACAGCGAGGAUGUGGUCUCGACGCGGCUGUACUUUGUGAAUGCUUCCCUGCAGAGAGUGACCUUCUCCAGCUCAGUGGGGGUGUCCCUGCCCUGUCCUGCGGGUGGCGCCCCCCAUGCCGUCCUCCGCUGGUACCUGGCCACCGGCGACGACAUCUAUGACGUGCCACACAUCCGCCACGUUCAUGCCAACGGCACGCUGCAGCUCUACCCCUUCUCCCCCUCUGCCUUCAACAGCUUCAUUCAUGAUAAUGACUACUUCUGCACUGCCGAGAACCAGGCCGGCAAGAUCCGCAGCCCUAGCAUCCGUGUCAAAGCAGUGUUCAGGGAACCUUACACAGUUCGCGUGGCGGACCAAAGGUCCAUGCGGGGCAACGUGGCCGUCUUCAAGUGCCUCAUCCCCUCUGCUGUGCAGGAGUACGUCAGUGUGGUGUCCUGGGAGAAGGACACUGUCUCCAUCGUCCCAGGUAACAGGUUUUUCCUGACAUCAUAUGGGGCCCUCUACAUAUCUGACGUUCAGAAAGAGGAUGCCCUCUCUACCUACCGCUGCAUCACCAAGCACAAGUACAGCGGAGAAACCAGACAGAGCAAUGGGGCUCGUCUCUCUGUGCUGGACCCCACUGAAACCCAGCCUUCUGUGAUGGACAGUUUCCAGUCAGGAGAAGUACAAGUGGGGCGAAGCAUAGAGUUGCCCUGCAUCGCCUCCGGUUACCCCAACCCCACAAUCCGCUGGUUGAAAGAUGGGAGGCCACUUCCUGCUGAUUCCCGCUGGACACGGCGACUAACUGGCCUCACAAUCAGUGAUCUCCGUCUGGAAGACUCUGGAAACUACAUCUGUGAAGUCACCAACAGCUUUGGUUCCAAAGAGGUCACAGGACACCUUAAUGUCAUCGAGCCUCUGAGAGUCACAUUGUCCCCUAAGAACCUGAAAACAGGCAUCAGCAGCACAGUGAUUCUGUCCUGUGCCGUUCAGGGCUCGCCCCACUUCACCGUCUCCUGGUUUCGCAACACAGAACCCAUUGUGCCUGACCAGCACUUCUCCAUCCAGGGAUCCCACAACGAGACUCUCUUCAUCACAGCAGCCCAAAAAAGACACUCAGGGGCAUAUCAGUGCUUUGCCACCCGCAAGGGUCAGACCGCACAGGACUUCUCCAUUAUACUGCUUGAGGACGGCACCCCACGGAUUGUCUCGUCUUUCAGUGAGCGCGUAGUAGCCCCUGGCGAGCCCUUCUCUCUCAUGUGCGCGGCCAAAGGUGCUCCACCCCCCACCAUUACCUGGACGUUGGACGACGAGCCGGUAGCGCGGGACUCGGCGCACCGGGCCAGCCAGUACACGCUCUCCGACGGCUCCACUGUCUCGCACGUCAACGUCACCAACCCCCAGAUCCGAGACGGGGGCGUGUACCGCUGCGCCGCACGCAACUCGGCCGGUAGCGCCGAGUACCAAGCGCGCAUAAACGUAAGAGGUCCUCCCAGUAUCCGGGCCAUGCGGAAUAUCACAGCUGUGGCUGGUCGCAACACUUUCAUUAACUGUCGUGUGAUUGGCUACCCCUAUUACUCCAUCAAGUGGUUUAAAGAUGGGACAACGCCGUUGCCAGACAACCAUCGUCAGGUGGUGUAUGAGAACGGCACUCUGAAGUUGAGUGAUGUGCAGAAGGGUGCGGAUGAGGGGUCGUAUCUGUGCAGCGUGCUUAUCCAACCCCAGCUCUCCAUUAGCCAGACUGUCUACGUCACAGUCAAAGUUCCUCCCCUUAUCCAGCCUUUUGACUUCCCUCCCACCUCCAUUGGUAAGCUGAUGUACAUAGCUUGCGUGGUCUCUUCCGGAGACAUGCCAAUCCGGAUCACCUGGAGGAAGGACGGGCAGGAGAUCGUGUCAGGAACAUCAGGAGUCACCAUCGAAACCAAGGAGUUCAUGAGCUCCCUUCAGAUCUCCAAAGUUUCAUUGGAGCACAAUGGAAACUACACCUGUAUUGCCAGCAAUGAUGCAGCAACUGUCAGUUCAGAGAGACAACUUAUAGUAACAGUUCCCCCUGGUUUUCGGGUUCAGCCCAAUAACCAAGAUGGAAUCUAUGGCAAGUCAGAAGUUCUGAACUGCUCUGUGGAAGGGUACCCUCCUCCUAAAGUUGUCUGGAAGCAUGCCAAAGGUAUAGGGAACCCCCAGCAGUACCAUCCAGUUCCACUGACAGGUCGCAUCCAGAUCCUGUCAAAUGGUUCUCUGCUGAUCCGCCAUGUUUUAGAGGAAGACCGGGGAUAUUACCUGUGUCAGGCCAGCAACGGAGUGGGGUCCGACAUCAGCAAGAGCAUGAUACUCACUGUUAAAAUUCCAGCUAUGAUCACUUCCCACCCAAACACUACCAUGGCCAUAAAGGGGCAGAACAAGGAGUUAAACUGUACUGCCCGGGGCGAGUACCCCAUCAUCAUCCGCUGGGAGCGAGGUGACACCGUUAUUGACCCUGAUCGUAACCCUCGGUACUCCAUCACUACCAAUUCCAACGAGAAAAGCGAUGAAGUUAUUUCCACACUAAAGCUGAAGCCAGCGGAGCGAGGGGAUUCCGUCUUUUUCUCCUGCCACGCCAUCAACUCAUACGGCGAGGGCCGAGGGCUCAUCCAGCUGACGGUGCAAGAACCCCCUGACCCCCCAGAGCUGGAGGUUCGAGAGGUCAAAGAUCGAAGCAUGAACCUGAGGUGGACGCAACGGUUCGACGGCAACAGUAUCAUCACCAGUUACGACAUAGAGUACAAGAACAAAUCCGACCCGUGGGAGCUGAAACAUGCCACACGUAAGAUCUCCCCCACUAACAACCAGGCCAAUAUAGUGGAGCUCCACCCGGCAUCCGUGUACAGCAUUCGCAUGUACUCCUACAACAAGAUUGGACGCAGUCAAGCCAGCAAAGAGCUGACCAUCAGCACAGAGGAAGCACCUCCUGAUGGGCCACCCAUGGAUGUGAUUUUACAGCCAAUGACCUCUCAGAGUAUCCGUGUCACCUGGAAGGCACCUAAGAAAGAGCUACAGAAUGGAGUGAUCCGUGGCUAUCAGAUUGGUUAUAGGGAGAAUGGACCGGGCAGUAAUGGACAGUACAGUAUAGUGGAGAUGAAAGCCACAGGUGACAGUGAGGUGUACACCCUGGAUAACUUGAAGAAGUUUGCUCAGUAUGGUGUGGUGGUCCAGGCAUUCAACCGAGCCGGAACAGGACCUUCCAGCUCUGAGAUCAAUGCCACAACACUUGAGGAUGUUCCUAGCCAGCCGCCCCAGAAUGUACGGGCCAUUACGGUGACAUCAGACGAGGCGGUGAUCACGUGGUCCGAGCCCCCAAGGAUGACCCUGAAUGGGGUUUUGAAGGGCUACCGUGUGGUGUUCUGGUCCCUCUACCCCGAUGGAGGUGGGUGCUGUGGGGGCCAGACACUUAGGCUCAAUCAGAAAUGGGGAGAGAUGCAGAACAUCACUACCAUUCGUGAGCAGGUGGAGCUGAAGGGCUUGGAGAAGUUCACAAACUACAGCAUUCAGGUUCUUGCCUACACACAGGCAGGAGAUGGCGUCCGCAGCAACGUACUCUACAUACAGACCAGAGAAGACCAUCCUGGUCCUCCAGCGGGCAUUAAAGCUGUGCCAUCCUCUGCCACCAGUGUGGUGGUUUCCUGGCUUCCCCCUAUAAAGCCCAAUGGUAUCAUCCGAAAAUACACAAUUUACUGUUCCAGCCCUGGAUCAGGCCAACCGGUGAGACAAAAAGGGGCACCCAGUGAAUAUGAAGCCAACCCUGAGCUGCUGAUAUACAGAAUCACCCAUCUGACCCGGGGUCAGCAGUACUUGAUCUGGGCAGCCGCCGUUACCACAGCUGGUCGGGGCAAUAUCAGUGAGAAGGUGACUGUGGAGCCUGCUGGAAAAGCUCCUGCUAAAAUCCUGUCUUUCGGAGGAACGGUGACCACUCCGUGGAUGAAGGAAGUUCGGCUGCCGUGCAGCUCAGUGGGAGAGCCAACACCCACCAUCAAAUGGACCAAAGACAGUGAGGACACUGCCAUCCCAGUUACUCAAGAUGGUCACCGGAAUAUUCUUUCAAAUGGUACCCUGGUGCUGCGCUCUGUGAAAGCUGAGGAUUCUGGGUACUACACCUGCACGGCCACCAACACACUGGGUUUUGACACAAUCAUCGUAAACCUGCUGGUACAAGUGCCUCCAGAUCAACCACGUUUGACAGUUUCCACCACAUCCACUUCUUCAAUCACUCUGGCUUGGAUCCCUGGAGACAAUGGAGGAAGUUCCAUCAGAGGUUUCGUGCUGCAGUAUUCAGUAGAUAACACUGAGGAGUGGAAGGAUGUCUUCAUUAGCUCCAGUGAACGAUCUUUCAAGUUGGACAACCUGCGUUGUGGUACCUGGUACAAAGUCAAGCUUGCGGCAAAAAACAGUGUGGGAGCUGGUCGCAUCAGCGAGAUCAUUGAGGCCAAGACUCACGGCAGAGAGCCGCAGUUCAAUAAAGACCAGCCCCUCUUCACUCACAUCAACUCCACCCACGCCCGCCUCAACCUGCAGGGCUGGACGAGCGGCGGCUGCCCCAUCACUGCUGUCCUGCUAGAGUUCCGCCCCAAAGGCACCUGGGCUUGGCAGAGCGUGCGCACCAAUGCCUCAGCUGACAUAUUCCUCGCCGAGUUGCGUGAGGCCACUUGGUAUGAGCUAAAGAUGAAGACAUGCAACAGCGCCGGGUGUGGAAACCAGAGCUCCCAGUUUGCCACCCUGGAUUAUGACGGUAGCACUAUUCCACCUAUUAAGUCAGCACGAGGGGAAGGGGAUGAUGUUAAAAAGCUUUUCUCUAUCGGCUGCCCUGUCAUCCUCGUCACACUGGGCAUGGCCCUACUUUUCAUAAUUCGCAAGAAACGCAAAGAAAAGAGACUCAAGAGACUUAGAGAUGCUAAGAGCUUGGCUGAGAUGCUCAUCAGCAGUAAGAACAAUCGAAGUUUUGACACUCCUGUGAAAGGCCCACCUCAGGGACCCCGACUGCACAUAGACAUCCCCCGCGUGCAACUGCUCAUCGAGGACAAAGAGGGAAUCAAGCAGAUAGGUGAAGACAAGGCCACCAUCCCUGUGACAGACACUGAGUUCAGCCAAUCAGUGAACCCUCAAAGCUUCUGUACGGGUGUGUCUGUGCACCACCCCGCCCUCAUCCAAAACACAGGACCUUUGAUUGACAUGUCAGACAUCAGGCCGGGCACCAAUCCAGUAUCGAGGAAGAGCGUGAAGUCUGCGCACAGCACGAGAAACCGCUAUUCCAGCCAGUGGACUCUGACUAAAUGCCAGGCGUCCACACCUGCUCGCACUCUCACCUCAGAUUGGCGGACAGUGGGCUCCCAGCAUGGCAUCACGGUCACAGAGAGUGACAGCUACAGUGCCAGCCUGUCUCAGGACACAGAUAAGGGACGAAACAGUAUGGUGUCCACAGAGAGUGCGUCUUCCACCUACGAGGAGCUGGCCCGAGCUUAUGAACAUGCUAAGCUGGAGGAGCACCUGCAGCAUGCCAAGUUCGAGAUCACCGAGUGUUUUAUCUCUGACAGCUCCUCUGAUCAGAUGACCACAGGCACCAACGAUAAUGCAGACAGCAUGACCUCUAUGAGCACACCAUCCGAACCAGGCAUCUGUCGCUUCACUGCCUCUCCGCCCAAACCGCAGGAUUACGACCGCGGCAAAAACGUUGCAGUGCCCAUUCCCCACCGCGCCAACAAGAGUGAGUACUGUAACCUCCCCCUCUACAUGAAGACCGACCCUUUCUUCCGGAAACAGGCGGAGCUGCACGACCCCUGUCCUGUGGUCCCGCCUCGCGAGGCCUCCAUUCGGAGCCUUGCCGCCCGGGCCUACCACACACAGGGCCGCCACAUGACAUUAGACCCCUCCAAGCAGCAGGCCCUAACGCUGGGCCACGGUGGCCUGAGCAGCCUGACCAGCCUGACCAGCUCAGGGGCCUCUGGUACAUCGGGCCCAGCUUCAAGCGGGGCCGCUGGGAGCUCCAGCAUCAGCUCAGGCACAGCCACCCUGCCCCAGAGGACUCUAACCAUGCCCAGCACCUCCUCCACCUCCUCGGCCCCAAGCGGGGCAGCUGCCGCUGGAGCAGGAGCCAGCUCGAGCUCCACGGGAGGCAGCGGCCCGACGCCUGGCAGUUCCAAGGUUGGGGGAUCCAGAGACUCUCUGCUCGAGAGCAGCUCGUCCGGCCUGGGCAGACUGCAAAAGCAGAAUGCUGGGGCGUACUCCAAAUCCUACACUCUGGUGUAGCUCACACACAUACAGUACGUUCCCAUACUCCUGGAGUCUGGGCAGGGGCGGAAAUGAACAAUGGCGGGACAGGGGUCUCUCUUUUUUCCUCUCUGUUACCUUUUUUUUUCUUUACUUUUUUUAUUCUUCUGCUCAAGCUUUUUUGUCUGGCCUUCUCCAGGAUUAAAUAUGCCAAACCCCAGGACCCUUUCUCCCAAUUUUGUCUUUUUUUUUUUCUUUGUCUUACGUUUUGUUCUUCUCUCUCACUUUCUCCCCCUCUAUCCUUUCUCUUCUCUCUGUCAAAGACACCUUGGACCUUAUGCACGAAAUGCUUUCCAUGUGCACUUGUUAAUUUGAUUUCUCGACUUCGGAAAAUAGGAAAAAAAAGGUUUUAAGAGAUAUAUUGUUUCACAUUAACCUGUCUAGAUGUUUUUAGGCUGUCAAAAAAAGUGUCUCUUUUUAUGUCGCUCAUACUGCAACGCAUUGCCUCGGAAAGCUUAUGCAUAAACAAAUUCACCAUGGUGUACACCUUCCGCCCCUCCUGAUCCACAAUGGUCUGGAAAAACAGCUCGAAGACGAAAGUCUCGACCGCCUGAAUCGAGUCUGGGAUUUUUUUCAUGCAAUUGAUGACACAGUAUAGAGUGUUACUGACUAUUUUGUAAACAAACAAGAAAGAAAAAAAAAACGCGAAAAAAAAAUGUCUGGAGCCAUUUUCACUGCGGAUGUAUGGUUACUGUACUUUUAUUUUUUUGUUCGGUUUUCUAUUUUUCGAAAUUUUGAACUUCAGCACUAAGGAGGGCCGGGUGGACCCACUGAGCUUUCUAAAGCUUGUGUACAUGGUGUGUGUGUGUGCAUGUGUAUGUAUAUGUGUAAAUAUAUAUGUAUACAUGUGGCCAGCACACACCUUU